AUGAGUGCCCAAUCUGCUUCAAUGAUUUCCCAUCAGCCCAAGCUUAUGGUGGUCGCAAGGAGGCUCAUUCUAACAAUGGAUUCUCUGGAAGCAGAGGCAAAGCGACCACGUGCUCUUCUUGGAAUAAUGCAAGUAGUAUUUUCCUUUGUUUCACAAGAGACUGGCAACAUUUCAAGUGCAAACGGCAGCAAUCAGAGCAUCAGCAGCCAAAUCCCACAGCCUGUUGGCUGGUCCAACAGCCUGGUUACCAAUUUAUUUGGAGCUAAUGCACCUACUUUGUAUCAGCCAUUUACUCCCAUAGAAACCACUGAUGUAACCUCACAAGGUCCUGGCAUUAUCAAUCGAGGAGUUUCAGCAACAAACCAACCUAAGACUCCAGGAUUUUGUUGCCAUGUUGGUAACCCAUGUCCAGGCUUUCUAGGUCCUUACACUCACUGGAACAAGUGUGGCCACAUUUCUUCACCACCACAAAUGCUUUCUUGCUCGGAAGCAUCUGCACCAUCCUUUCAGAGAGGUGUAAUUCGGCCACCCAACGGACUUUCUCAGCAGCUCUAUCAGCUUUGGGAAGCACAAUUUGCAGAGAAUGUUGCUUUAUGGGUAGCAACUGGUCGUUUGCAAGCUGAAUUAGCUGAUUACAGGAGCCGUUUUACAAAGCUGGAGGCAGACGUUUUGUCUCUCAAGCCCACAGUGGAUGAGCCUGUUGCUCAGAGUAUUGGGGAUUCUUUAGUUGGAGCACAGAUAUCAAAGAGAAAGAGAACAAAGAGCCCAAUUAGUACAGAAAAUGCCUUACCUUUGCUUGACAAAUCUCCGACACGAGGCCAUGGUCCAAAGCUUCCACCGUUUGAUGCACAAUGCAAGACUAAAGAACUCAAUAAUCAGAAAGUAAGCCCAAAGAAGGUGGAAGGUAAAGCUACUAUUCAGCAGACAAAUGAUGGAAAGCGUUACGAUACCCUUCCAUCGUAUACUGGCAGUGCUGACUUCACUGGUGACAGCCCAUCAUUUCACACUCCUGUUUUCCCAAUUCCGCCCCAUCAUGUUAAGGGGAAUGAUACCAAGAGUGCUGCUUCCACUUCUAUGGGAACGAGAAUGACCAGUGAUGGUAACUUGGUGUGGCCUUCAAAAAUCCCCACUGAAGAUGCCGGGAGAGAUUUAACAGACGUUAGUGUCCAGUGCUUGUACAGUGAUACAAAUGUUGUUGGACAAGGAUCAAAGAUUGUUUUUGGUCGGAGGUUUAGCAAUAAAGCGGAUACUUCUCAAGGUCACGGCAGUGAAAUCAGGAAGAGAUCAAGAUGCUGAACAUACUAUAUGAACCAAAAGUUGAGGGUUCCUAAGACGUGGAUGCUCUGUGGUGUAGUCAGCCCAAAGUUUCGCAUCAGCUGAACUGGUAGUGAUACAACUAACAGCUUCUAUAGUUUUUUUUUUUUUUUUUCUUUUUU